AUCAUCAGAAGAAUGGACAACACAUCAGUCACUCACCCCACAGAGUCAACAGAAUAAAAACAGCCUGAAUUCGACUAUCCAGCAGCAGUCAGAAGUAAUCAGUAACCAUCCUUUAGUGUGGAUUACUCUGCAAACAAAGCCCCUCCAUGAGUUUCAUCAGGAUCCUUCAUGAACCCAAUCUUGAGCCUGCAAAGUAGGAACAACAGGGAAUGCAUAUCGGACAUCAGAGAGACAUUUGAACCCUGAUUUUUGUGACGACAUGCCUCUUCCAAAGCGUAGGAAAAUCAGGACUUUAGCGUUGCUUUUUUGCGUCAUUUCAUUCACAACAUUCCUGUUCAGCUACACGUUCCGGGACCCCUCGCUGUACUUCUUCAAGUACGCAUUUCGCCUCUCGGAUACCUUCUUCUCCAAAGGGCUUUGUGCAUGCCAGAGAUGUAUGACAGAGCUGGAAGACGACCCCUGGUUCUCAGAGCGCUUCAAUCAGUCCUUCAGUCCUCUGAUGUCCCGGGAGAACAGCCUCCUCUCUGAUGAAACCUUCAAAUGGUGGCAGUGGUUGCAGUCAGAGAGGCAGCCGGCUAACUUCACUGAAGUGGUGGACGAGUUGUUCCAAGUCAUCCCCGGUGAGAUUCUGUACAUGGACGCCAGGCCAGAACGCUGCAGAACCUGCUCUGUGGUGGGGAACUCUGGGAACCUGAAGGGGUCUCGAUACGGGAACCUCAUCGACUCCAGUGACUUCAUCAUAAGAAUGAACCAGGGUCCCACGUCUGGUUUUGAGGAGGAUGUUGGCUCCAGAACAACACAUCAUGUCAUGUAUCCAGAGAGUGCGAUAGACCUGGAGAACAACACGUGUCUGGUGCUGGUUCCUUUCAAAACUCUAGACCUGCAGUGGAUCAUCAGUGCUCUGACCACAGGAACCAUCAAACACACAUACACAGCUGUUACAUCAAGGAUAAAGGCAAAUAAAGAUAAGGUGUUGAUUUACAGUCCAACAUUUCUCAAAUACGUCUACGAGUCUUGGCUCGAAGGUCACGGACGAUAUCCUUCUACAGGUUUCCUCAGUUUACUGCUCGCUCUGCACAUCUGUGACGAGGUCAAUGUGUUUGGGUUUGGCGCAGACCAGUAUGGAAACUGGCACCACUACUGGGAGGAAAACCAUUUGGCCGGAGCUUUCCGACACACGGGAGUCCACGACGGAGAUUACGAAUAUAAUGUCACCAUGCUGCUGGCAGACAAGCACAAAAUCCAAAUGUUUCACGGCAGAUGAUACAAAGCCAACAUGUGCAGCAACCACGAAACUGGUCUACAGCCUUUCAAUGUCUGACUUUUCAUCGCCUCACUCACGCUGGAAGAAUGUCAUUUUCGUGUUUCAAAAGACAUUCUCCGAUGAACUUUUCUGCUCCGACCGGUUUCCCUUUCUUUACCUAAGACAAUGAUUGAGUAAUGCUACCUAUUGAGAUAGAACAGAACUUCACUCUCUGUGUUUCCAGACAACGACAGACCGCCAACAAUUCAGAAGUCACACUGCCAUUGGUUUGUGUAAUUCCUCCGGACAACACAAUGGUGGAAUUCAACAAGCAUGCAAAUAAGGACUGCUUUUGUACUGUUGUAUAGUAUAAGUCCUCCAACACAGAUUUUUACUAUAAUACGUCACCUGGGCUGGCUAAAAAUAACAUUUAUUGCAUAUAAGGGUACAAACAGUGUAUGCUUGGAGAAUCCACUCGUUCCCCAUUACACUGAUAGAUUGGGACAUCAUUCUCAUAAAGGACUUGCAUAUUAGAUUAACACAUUACAUUAUCCAAAGUGAUUUACAUACUCAAUACUGUGGGUAAUCCCCACAGGAGCAAUUUGGGAUGAAGUGUCUGAGGGACACAACAACAUGCUGACUGCAGUGGGGUUUGAACCUGUGACCCCCUGAUCCGAACACCAACGCACUAAUCCACUGUGCCACACGCCUGGCCAUGGGACACUCCGACAUUAAGUCCAAAAUCAGCCCCAAAGAUCGCACUUUUUAGCAUAUUAUGAUAUUUACAAAUUGUAGCCAGGGUUUUAGAAGUGCUCACGUCUGAGUCUAUCUACACCGAGAAAAAUAAGGUUUAAAGUUAUUUGAAUCAGUCCAAUUUGAUUUAGUCAUUCAUUUGUUUAAUAUUAUUCCCUGUACAUAUCUCAACAUAGAGAAAUUGAUGUUUCAAAGCCACUUGAAAUGUCAUUCUGUUACGGCCCGUCCACACAGCAGCGUGCGUUGACGCUUGGAGGUGGGCGUGUCUGAAGCUUGGGGAUUUUUUGCGAGCAACGCGACCAACAACCAAUCACAUGAAUCUCC